AUGUCAGAAGAAGAGGAGCUCAACAUCACAGUUGCUGUUCGCUGCAGGGGCCGCAACGAGAAAGAAGUCAAAGCGAAGAGCUCCGUUGUGGUUGCCGUACCUGAUGUCACUGGAACGAAUGAGGUAUCCAUCAAUACCACUGGGGAUACGGGCAUAACUGCACAAAUAAACUCAAAAACGUACACUGUAGACAGAGUAUUCGGACCUAGCGCUGACCAGUUAUUGAUUUUCAAGGUCAUCGCGGAGCCGUUGUUCCAAGAUUUUAUAAAAGGCUACAAUUGCACUGUACUGGUGUAUGGUAUGACCUCCACCGGAAAGACUUACACAAUGACAGGUGACGAGCGUUUGUAUGAUGGUGAACUGAGUGAGGGAGCUGGUAUUAUCCCCCGAGUAUUAUUCAAGCUUUUUGAUGCGCUUGACGCGCACAAUGACGACUAUAUGAUAAAGUGCAGCUUCAUUGAGUUGUACAAUGAAGAGUUGAAAGAUCUACUUGAUGAAACUCCAGACUCCAGUAUGCCCAGAAAACUGCGAAUUUUCGACUCUGUGACGAACCCCAAUAGCAGUCGAAGUAGUUCUAGAAACAGUUCCCCUAAGCCACCCGAAGGAAGCACCUCCGGUACGAAAAGAAGAAUACGGCCAAAUACAAUGUACAAGCCUUCCAGAUCACCAACAGUAAAGCCCACGUUGUCUAGUGAGCUUAAUUCGGCAAUACACAUACAAAACCUUCAAGAGUUUCAUAUCAUGGACGCCAAAGAAGGUAUACGACUUCUUCAAAGAGGUUUAAGGCAUAGGCAGGUUGCAUCUACCAAGAUGAACGAUGUUUCAAGUCGAUCACAUACCAUUUUCACUAUCAUGCUUUACAGGAAAUGUAAUGGGGAGAGCUUUCGAGUAUCUAAAAUGAACCUGGUGGACCUUGCAGGCUCAGAGAACAUCAGCCGCUCAGGAGCACAGAAUCAGCGUGCUAAGGAGGCGGGAUCAAUAAACCAAAGCUUGCUGACUUUGGGAAGGGUAAUAAAUUCUCUGGCGGAUAAAAACGCGCACAUUCCAUUCCGUGAGUCUAAACUAACAAGGUUACUUCAAGACUCAUUAGGUGGAAAUACAAAAACUGCCUUGAUUGCAACAAUCUCACCUGCUAAAAUAAAUUCCGAAGAAACUUCGAGCACUCUGGAGUAUGCGACCAAAGCAAAAAACAUCAAAAACAAGCCGCAAGUUGGAAGCUUUAUUAUGAAAGAUGUAUUAGUGAAAAACGUUACCGCAGAACUUGUCAAAAUACGAUCAGAUCUUCUUGCUACAAAGUCAAAAGAUGGUAUCUAUAUGAGUCAGGAAAAUUACAAAGAGCUUACAAACGAAUUGGAAAACUAUAAGACAGAAGUUCAGGAGUGUAAGCGAGCUAUCGAACGUCUAAGCACUCAGAACGGUCUCUUGACCAAAGAAAAGAGGAUCACGAAUGAAGUUAAUGAAUCACAGAGGCUUAAAAUCAAAAAGUUAAGCAAUAAUAUUGAUUUUCUUUACGACAAAAUUGACAGGCAGCACAAAAACGAGCAAGAGCUCUCAAACGUUGUUCAGGAACUUAUGAGAGCUCUCCGCACAAUGCAAAACUCUCUUAAGGUGUAUGAAGAUCAAGGGCACAGGUUCCAGACCGAGAUGGAACGUGUUUUAUAUGAAAAUAUUGGAUCUUUUAAGCACUCACUAUUGAACGAAAUUGAAAAACUCAAAGGCACAGAGGAAGACGGCUUUGACGUUGAUGCCAAUAUCGAUACCCUCACCAAGGAACUUAACCGCAUCUACGAUUUCAUCAACACAUCCACCAUCGAGAUCUGUCGGAAGUUUAUGAAUAAAAUUACAGAGCAAACGCCGACCUACCUGCAAGACAUACGCAACCAAGUCGAAAGCAUCACCCAUGUUGUUGGCUCGUAUUCAUCAGAUUUGAUGAUGCACCUUAGUAGCAUCAGUGAAGAAUAUAACCACUUGAAAGAUUAUCUUAAUGAACAUUUCUUCAAAAACAACUUCCAGGACGCUCUAGAUGUACAUGUUGACAGGACAUAUCAUCAGCUUAAAGUAUCCGCAAAUUCCAUAUUCCUUAAGCUCCGUGAAAUGAUGAACGAAGAACUUGAAACGAACAAAGAGAUAAUGAUGCAGAGUCUUAAGAACGCGGCUUCUGAAGUCGUGGCUAAGGAGAUGGGGCUUCUAGACCCUGUAAAACAAGCAUGGGAAAGCUCGCUUGAAAAUAUCAAUGAAUGUGACAAGCUCAACAGUGGCUUUGAGAAAGACAUUGGAAGCGUGGUCAGAGAUGUUUUCGAGAAAAUAAAUGAAGGGCUACAAUUUUCUGAAUCUGCUGUCGGCGACGCAAAUUUGGACCUCUCUCGUUUCCAAGACGCUUCCCGGGCUCUUCGAACCGAUGAUGUAAUUCCUGGUAGUAUUGAGGAGAUUAAGAAGAAGCACAACAUGCUAAAAUUGAAAGUUCAGGAUAGUGCCAGCUACAUGGAAGCAGCCACUCAAAAGUUUGGAGAAAUUGACGAUUCAAUUCAAGGCUUACUUAACUCGCAGGCUGUGUCUCAACCUCACAGUGAAAAUCGUAUCGAGGGUCUUUUAGAGCAGCUGAACGGCAAGCCUCUAAAGCCCCUUGGCCCAUCGGGCAAGACCCCGAUGAGAAUCACGCAAGGCUGCAUUGCUAGUUCUGAUCAACUUUCCUUGCCCCGAAAAAGAUCAUACUCCAUUUCACCAAUCAGGGAGAUUGAUGGAAAUCGUAAAGCUUCUUCGCCUUUCAAAAGGAAGAUAACAAUAGAUCAUGAAAACGUGCCUUUUUCAUCUCAGAAGAUUGAAUAA